UCAAAGAUCUCCUCCUCUCGAAAGCUGGGGUUGAAGAUCAGAAUGUUAACAGUCGCUGCUCAGAUGCUAGAUGAAGAGAAAGACCAGAAAACCAAUGAAAGAGAAGUUGCUCUGCAAGAUAGAGUUCCUCCUCUAAAUCUGUCUGGUCUGUCCUUGCAGGAGCUUCAGGACCUAUGCAAAGAGUUGCACCACAAGCUUGAUGUUGUUGAUGAGGACAGGUACGAUAUUGACCUCAAAGUGAACAAAAAUGAGAAGGAGAUUGAAAACAUGCGUCUGAAGAUCAUUGAGAUUCAGAGUAAGUUCAAGAAACCGACCCUGAGGAGAGUGAAGAUCUCUGCUGAAGCCAUGCUGAGCGUUCUGCUGGGCUCCAAACACAAGGAAUCGAUCGACUUCAAGGCCAACCUCAAAACGGUCAAGAAGGAAGAGGAGAAGAAAGAGGAGGUUACUGACUGGCGUAAGAACGUGGAGGCUAUGUCCGGUAUGGAUGGCAGGAAGAAGAUGUUCGACGCUUCUGGAAACUAA